UGUCUGGAAAUGACCACUAAACGGAAGCUGAUUGGCCGGCUGGUGCCGUGCCGUUGUUUCCGUGGUGAAGAGGAAGUGAUCUCAGUGUUGGACUACUCUCACUGCAGCCUUCAGCAGGUCCCCAAGGAAAUCUUCAGUUUUGAGAGGACUCUAGAGGAGCUCUACCUAGAUGCCAACCAGAUUGAGGAACUACCCAAGCAACUGUUUAACUGCCAGGCCCUGAAGAAACUCAGCAUGCCCGAUAACGACCUGUCCAACCUUCCCACCACCAUCGCCAGCCUGGUUAACCUCAAAGAGCUAGACAUCAGUAAAAAUGGAAUUCAGGAGUUUCCAGACAAUAUAAAAUGCUGUAAAGGUCUGUCUGUGGUAGAAGCCAGUGUAAACCCCAUCACCAAACUCCCAGAUGGUUUUACACAACUCCUAAAUCUGACCCAGCUCUUCUUAAAUGAUGCCUUCCUGGAGUAUCUGCCUGCUAAUUUUGGCAGACUCUCCAAACUACGAAUUCUGGAGCUGAGAGAGAACCACCUGAAAACAAUGCCAAAGUCCAUCCACAGACUAACACAGCUGGAGAGGUUGGAUCUGGGUAGCAAUGAAUUCUCAGAACUGCCAGAGGUGUUGGAACAGUUGCACAGCCUGAAGGAGCUGUGGCUGGACAACAACUCUCUACAGUCCAUACCUGGGUCUUUAGGGAAGCUUCGUCAGUUGCGGUACUUAGACUUAGCAAAGAAUCGGAUUGAGUCGCUGGAUAGUGAUGUUUCAGGCUGUGAGGCCUUAGAAGACCUGUUGAUGUCCUCCAACAUGCUGCAGCACCUCCCGGACUCUAUAGGAAUGUUGAAGAAGCUGACCACUCUGAAGGUAGACGACAACCAGCUGACCUCACUGCCUCACACCAUUGGGAGUCCGAAGCCAAAGCAAGGUCUUUCUCUGUUGGAGGAGCUGGACUGCAGCUGUAACGAGCUGGAGUCGUUGCCUCCUACCAUCGGCUACCUGCACAGCCUGAGGACUUUUGCUGCAGAUGAGAACUUCCUCAUAGAGCUGCCACGUGAGAUUGGUAAUUGCAAGAACGUGACGGUGAUGUCGCUUCGGUCCAACAAAUUGGAGUUUCUUCCUGAUGAGAUCGGACAGAUGACCAAGCUGCGCGUCCUCAACCUCAGCGACAACAGGUUAAAAAAUCUUCCGUUUAGCUUCACCAAGCUGAAAGAUCUGGCAGCGCUGUGGCUUUCUGACAAUCAGUCCAAGGCUCUGAUCCCACUGCAGACAGAAGCCCAUCCAGAAACCAAACAGAAGGUUUUGACCAACUACAUGUUUCCUCAACAGCCGCGACAUGAUGAGGAUUACCAGUCAGAUAGUGACAGCUUUAAUCCGACUCUGUGGGAGGAGCAGAGACAGCAGAGGAUGACUGUGGCCUUUGACUUUGAGGACAAGAAAGACGAUGAAGACAACUCUGGGAAAGUAAAGGUGGAGAUUAACUUGAAGCGCUACCCAACCCCUUACCCCGAGGACCUUAAGAACAUGGUCAAGUCGGUACAAAGCCUUGUGGGUAAAAAUGUACAUCCGGGACACGCACACCAGCACCAGCACCAGCACCAGCACCAGCUGAGCACAGGCACUGCCACCUCAGCAGGAACCAACAUGGAACAUACACACCUCAGCAAAGAGCCGUAUGAACCGCCGUGGCCCCUGCCUCCCAAAGAGGUGACUGACAGAGAGAUGCAGAACUUCUCCCAGUCUCAGCUGAUGGAUCAGGGACCGAUGCAUAACUCCGGCAUCGACAUUCCCAAGAGGAAGGACAAAGAAGAUUUGACAGAGAGCUCAGAGGACUCAAUGGGCGGCUCUCCUAACGACAUCCGUAUCUCUGACAUGAGGCCCACAUUAGUGGAGCCCCCAAUGUACAAACCAAAGGUGGUACUGCUGGGGAAGGAUAAAAAAGAGUCAACAGAUGACGAGGUAGAUAAACUCCACUGUCUGAACCACAGCGGCUCUUCGGCCACAUACUCAGACUACUCUCCCUCGCAAGGCUCUUCAGGCUCCUCCAAUCCGUCCGCCAACACACACUCACACGCACAUCCUCACGCACACCCACACAACCCUGCCUUGCCAGCUCCCAGCAAGGAUCAGGCUCCUCAGACCCACUGGACCAACAGGGGGUGCCAGGGGGGCGCCAGGACGCCCUCUCAACAGGGUGCCAUGUUGGAAAAUGACCAGGAGGGGGUGUCAGGGAAUAACCAGUGGGUUCCCUACUCACUUGGUAGAAGAGAUGUUCCCCCUGACAACCUCAUGAAAAAGAGUGGACAUUCACACAACCCUUCACACCAGCCACACAACACCAUGAUUGUCACUUCCUCCUCUUCCUCCUCGAGCUCUCAGCCUCAUCGUGUAGUCGGGCAGCAAGGUUACGAUGGCAUGAUGAACAAGGGUGGGCAGUACCAGCAAGGAAUGACUUUGUCACUGGUUCCAUCUGGUGGACAGUACCAGAGCAAUAUUUCUCAAGCUCUUCCAUCUCCUGGCCAGGCUUACCCAGGUGGUGGCCUCCCUAUGGCUCUGUCCUCAUCUGGAAACCAAACCCAGUAUAACCCCCACUCCACUCAUCAGCCCCCCUUACCUGCUACCAACCCUCAGUACCAUGCUAACCAAGGCAUGGUUCACAGCAAUCAGGUUGUCAUGACUACCCACACCAACCCGCGGCCUCAGAGUGCUCGGUGUCUGCUGCAGACUAAAGGCCAGAAGAGCACAGAUGGUUUCCAGGAACAGUUGUGUGUGAGAAUAGAGAAGAAUCCUGGUCUUGGUUUCAGUAUCUCUGGUGGCAUCAGUGGCCAGGGGAACCCCUUCAAACCCUCCGACAUGGGUAUCUUUGUUACUAGGGUACAGCAUGACGGACCAGCCACUGCUGCCCUGCAGCCUGGAGACAAGAUACUUCAGGCUAACGGACAUAGUUUUUUACACAUGGAGCACGAGACAGCCGUCUCUCUGCUGAAGAAUUUCCCGCGGACAGUGAACUUGGUGGUUCUGAGAGACAGCAGUAUGCUCUAG